CAGAUUCAGACCCCACAAGCCCCCCUUCCACUCCGGUCUCUCAAGAAGCAGAAUCCUCGAGGCCCCCUUCCACUCCGGUCUCUCAAGAUUCACACCCCACAAGCCCCUCUUCCACUCCAGUCUCUCAAGAUUCAGACCCCACAAGCCCCCCUUCCACUCCGGUCUCUCAAGAAGCAGAAUCCUCGAGCCCCCCUUCCACUCCUGUCUCUCAAGGCACUCCAGUCCCUGAGGAGCUCCACCUGAUCUCUCACAGUAUGGUCUGGCCGGAGGCUUGGCAGUACUGCAGGGAUCGCUACACUGACCUAGUGAGCCUCACAAGCCUGGCUGCACAGAACAGAGUGUCGGAGCUCGUCAGGAACAGCACUGCAUCGCGAUUCUGGAUCGGCCUGCACAGAACUGUUGUGUAUGAUAACUGGUACUGGGUUGCUGGUAAGGAUAAGAAGGCCCGUCUAAACUACACUAACUGGGCCCCCGGGGAGCCCAACAAUCCUUACUAUGAGCACUGUGGGGAGAUGGUGCUGCGGGAGGAUGGGGGGGCUGAGUGGAAUGAUCUGUGCUGCUAUGAACAGCUCCCCUUUAUCUGUUUCAAAGAUUAAAAACAUCCUGAAAAGCUUUUACAGCAGUGGCUCUCAAACUAUCUCCAGCUGGGACCCCUUUUAAAGGCACUUUAGUCUGAAAAAAAACAUUUACUAAGAAAAUGAUAGAAAUAUCUCAAUCUAAAUUGUGUGAACAUGGAAUGUGUGAAUAAUAAAGCAGAAAGAAAUCUCGUAUCUGACAGAGUUUGCAAUGCCAUGUCUGCUCUCUAUAAAGAGCUGCUCCAAUGCACUGCAGUCAUCGUGGAUGGAAGGUCUGCUUGAGAUGUGGUCAUUAAAAACCUUUCUGUGACCUCCAGGGGGUCCCAACCCCCAGUCUGAGAACCACUGUCUCCACAGAACCCAGAGCUUUACUAUAGAGUAGUGCAACAAAAUACUACACAUUCCUAUCAAAGAGAAUCCUCUGUAGCAAUCUUUAAUGAUAUACAUCACUGUGAUAUUCCAUUCUGUACUUGUUUAAUAUCCUAUUGUGUGUGUGUGUUCUGUACAAGGCUCGACAUUAACGUACAUUUGAAAGCAUUUUGCUACCAAAACUCUUAAUUUGCUACUAGUUUUUUCCAUGCAGUAGCAUUUUUCUGAUCCCUUACGCUGCAGUUUAUAUGACCGACCCUGAGUGAACACGCCGAUGAAUAAAUGAACAGCUUAAGUAACCACACGGACAAACUUCAGCGAGACACUCACGCAUGCGCAUAUCUCAAAGCAGUGCAGAAUUCUGUACGACAGCGCCCGGGGAAGAUACACGUGAGGAACACAAUGCAAAUCAUAUUGAGUAUAAAUACUUUCACUAAUCACAACGUGCAUACAAUUUAAAAGUUUAUUUUAUAGAAAAAAAGUAAAAUUAAAUAACUGAUAAAACAUAACAAUGUUAUAAUAUAACAGACAGUGACCUACAGGAUAUGAAGUUUAUUCAGUGUCUAUAAAAUGCUAAUUUAAUCUGUAUGGAGAAUAGAGGCUCCAGUCUUGUUAUAAUGUUAAUCCUGGUUUCACCCACGCGAAAAAUGAACACAUAAUAGAGAGAGAAUUAUUACUUUAUCAAAAUUAUGACUAUGAAAAAAAAUAUAUAUACAUAUAAUAAAUAAAACAGGAGCAGAUAGCUAGCUAUAACGCUACCAUGAUCCAAGUAACAUCUUCCUUGCUUUAUCAGUACGAAUAAGAGAUGGGACACAAUAUUGAGGUGCAUUAAUUUAUCUAUCUAUUCAUUUAUCUAUCCAGGUUUCUUUUUAGGUGAUAGGUAUCUAGGUGAUAGUUUAGGUUAUUCAGUCUAUUUAAAAGUCGGUAGCUGUUUUAUUUUUUUAAUAUAUAUAAUUAUUAGUUGAAUAAACCU